AUGCUCUCUCUGUGGAAUCUGUAUCUCCUCCUCCCCCUCUCCUUGCCUCACUCGCUUCAUGCUGUAGCCUCAACUGGAGAAAACGUCAAGGAAACACAACAGCUAGACGUGGACGCAGCAGUGCAGCAUCUCCCGCAGCCCUCUCCAAGACUUCCUGGAUCUAGUUUUGAAACGGAGAAGCCCCUGUUUGAGCCCGUCGACGUUGACUUCCAGGGUCUACCGUUGAGUUUGGCCUUAUCGUCAUCUGAGGAAUCAGAUAGACAAGGUGUGAUUGGUGAAUACACUGAUUUACAGGAGGGCACAGAGACAUCUCUUUUGUAUCCUAAUGAUAACGAACUUUUCAGAUCCACAGAAAGUGCAACAGAAGAUGUUACAUCUACACAGCCUGAAAGGUCUUUAUCAGGAGCAGUACCACCACCUCAGACUACCAAGGCACAAACAUUAGGGUAUCAACCAACUGAGACCAGCACUGGCUCUAUAUUGCAUUCUACACCAACUGGAGAGAAUCAACUAACUUUACCGUCCUUGCACAAUGAGACUACGGAUGGCCACUUACCUAUUCUUCUGUCUGGCUCACUUCCAUCAGACACACAAAGCCAGGACUCAACUUCAGGGUCCACCUCUGACGGAACUACUCCACCUGUAGUCACUGACAGUCCACUGGAGGGUACUGUCCCGAUGAAAAAGACUGGAAAUGGAUUGGUUGAUAUUACAAACCGCAGAGGAGCUGUCGGCAUGGUGGCAGAAAAUGAUGACUCCGGGAACAGAGGCCUGGACGGCAACAUGAACACAUCUGCCACACCCUGCAAAACAACAAACCAGUCCACGACUCCCACCUACCCAGACGACUUUACUCCCAAUGAGUCCCUGCACCCCUCUCUGGGUCUCAGCCCUGCCCUUUAUGUCCCUCUGUAUUCGGACUGGAACUCUGCCCUUGCCACAUGGGGAUUUGCUUGGGAAGCUCACAUCUAUGGCUUGGGAUCUGUCUUCACUGUGUUUGGCCUUAUCUCUGUUGUCUGCCUGUUAGGCCUUCCCCUGCGGUGCCCGCCAGGAUGCCCCUACUUCACUCUCCUGCAUUUGUUCCUGUUAGCAUUUGCAGGGAUCCAAGCUUUCUGUUUGCUGUACGAUGCUUACAGUCACCAAGAUCGUCUGCCCCCUAUAGGCUCUCUGCUGCUCUCUGAGUUGCCCUUCCCCUGUUUAGUCUCAGCUUUCUCCUUGGCCUUCCUCAUUCUUUCAUUGCGCUCUCGCAUGCGUCUUUCACUCCCACUCGCUAUUUCAACCUCAUUUUCAGUCUUGCCCAAACCUCGCCUGUUACUGUGUGUGUCUCUGCUGUAUUUUGGAGUUUCUCUAGGCUGUGUUGGCAUGCUCCAGCUCUUCCAAGUCCUCCCCACCAUGAUCCUGCUAUUCCCACAUGGUCUGUUUGUAUGUCUCACCAUCUUUCUGUCAUUUUCCUAUCUCAUCUUCUACUGCUUAAUUCGAGUUGACACUAAACACAUCUACAGACUGAAUGACAAUGGAGAGAGUGGAGGAUCUCCUCAAGUGAUACGAUCUGCGAGUUGCCCCUUUGCCAAAGUGGAGGACUGGCAUAGGGCAGCAGGAGCUGGAGUAGGAGCUGCGUUGUGUAUGUUGGGGUGUGGUGGCCUACAGCUUUAUGGGAUUCUGCAUGCCCUUGGUUUAGGUGGGGUUGAGGGCUAUGGGUUUCAGCCUUGGUCCUGGUGGGGCUAUCAGGUAGGCUGCAGACUCUGUGAGGUUGGGGUGUGUCUCGGUUUGUCUCUCAUUGGCACACACCCUCUAUUUUGUCAAAACUCCUCCAUCAAGACCAUAACUGACCCUCGACCAGGCUCUUGGUCUCGCCUCUCCUGCAACUCCCCUCCGGGUGGGCUAACCCCGCCCUUUAAUGAAUGUACAAAUUCUCCUGUCCUCUCCUCACAUAAUUCCUGCUCCCAAGGCAACCAAGAAAAGCUUGUGGUCUGUAAUGUGAUUAGUAAGGGACCAUCAGAGGCUUUUCCUCUUCGCUCUAUGGUGGAUCAUCCUGGAAAUGGGCUUGAUUGUCUGCCAAAAUCCAGCCAAACAAAGAUGACACUAUUGCCUCUACCUACACCCCCAGUCCCACCUCACAAGAAUAUGAAUGCAGUAGACUCUCAGCUGUCAUCACUGGAUAGUUUAGGAUUAGAGACUGACUCUACUGUGGACCUGCGGCCCCCAUCUCCCAUAGACUUGUCUCGCAGCAUUGACCAGGCUCUGUUCAGUGAUUCCCUAUUCUCCCACAGUAUCUUUGGUUUUCCAAAACUGUUCCAUGCUUCUUCAAGUCAUUCUUUGAGCUCUCCAAGCCAGGGUACAUCAAAGCAUGGGCCCAGUUCUGUAGAAAUGGCCUUAUACAGAACUUCUUCCUGUGGAGAUGUGGAUCAAGAGCAAACACUGGCCAGUUCAAGAUGCUCCCAUCCUCAAAGUUCUUUGACAUCUCAAAGCAGGACACUGGAGCAAUGGGAUUGGAAAGGGAGCGACUCUGGCUCAACCCAGGGUCUGUGCUGCAAUCCCAAGGAGCCAGGAAAACUGCGCUCACAUUCCUGGGCCAACAGAGGGCAAAACUUUGCUCAGCACAGCCUUCCACGAGCAAUUCCCAACCUGUCUUACCACAGGCGUUACCGUACCUUGAGCUUGGCCUCCCAGGAAAUCCAGGGCUCUGGCCGACUGGCAGGGACUAAAAAACUGAGUGAAAGCAAACAGCUGGAAUGGGAUCUUGCUGUACAGGCAGAAUUUGUCAACGUGUGCAGACAAAUUGAUGAUCUAAGUGUUUGCAGCGACACCAUUGAAUUGUAG